ACCUCGACUACUCCGACGAAAUAAAAAACCCAGCGAGCUGAAUCCGACGGUCCCCGUCCGCUAAUCCGGCCAGCUGAUCGUUAGCUUCCAUACGACGCACCACCGCCAUAGUUCCACGUCAUGUGACCAGCUCACCACGGCGCAUCGAGGGCCACGUAGCCACGGCGUCAGCUGCAAUUGCAGCUUUAUCCGCCGUUGAUCCGCUCGAGCAGCAACGUGGGAGCAUUGCACGUAGUUGAGUCAAUGCCUCUUCGGUCUCCGUCGCCGCCGCCGCCGUCGCCGUCGUCUGCGUGUGCCAUUCUGAGCUGGAAGGAGUUGCGGAACGUUUAGGCUGAGUUGCGGGCGCGUGUCUGUCCACCCCUAGAUUCCCCUACCAGACAGCCGAGCAAAUCGUGAGACCUGCUGCCAGUCAAGUGCGCGUCACGAUUGUCGAAGCAACGCAGGACGCUACCGCGUGCGCGCCGUCAAUUCUCUCAAUUCUCCACUCGCCACUCUCCAUUCUCCACCGUCGUUCUCUCCAAUUCCCGCGGUUGCGAGCGGUGAUGGGGCUGUACGAGGCGGUGGCGGGCAUGGCGGUGCAGCUGUUGGAGACCAUCAGCACGUACCUGCAGCUGCCCUUCUUCCGAGUCAGCUUCCUCGACCUCACCGUCGAUGGCCACUUGGUGCUGGAGACCAUUCUGCUGGUGGCCAUCGUCUUCCUCAUGACGCAGAAGAGCUACAAACCAGACAAACGCUCCCUCACUGAAAAGGAGAUAGACCAUCUAUGCGAGGAAUGGGUGCCUGAGCCGCUGCACCCGCCCGCUCCCUCUCAAGCACUGGCCCGCCACGUGCCCGUACUGGACAAGGCUGGCGAGCCAUGGACUGUGGCGGAUGGGCGCAAGAUGCUGAAUCUAGCGUCCAUGAACUUCCUUGGCCUCAUAGGCAACGCGCAUGUGCAGGAGACGGCCACAGCAGCACUGCACAAGUACGGAGUCGGCUCCUGUGGCCCACGCGGAUUCUACGGCACUAUAGACGUGCAUUUGGACCUGGAGGAGCGCCUGGCGGGGUUCCUGGGCGUGGAGGGGUGCAUCUUGUACUCGUACGGGCUUGCCACCGUCGCCUCCACCAUCCCCGCCUUCUGCAAGCGCGGCGACCUCAUCAUCGCCGACGAGGGCGUGGGGUGGGCGAUGCAGAACGGCAUGACGCUGGCGCGCAGCACAGUGCGCUACUUCCGCCACAACGACAUGCAGCACCUGGAGCAGCUGCUGCAGCAGGAGGUUGCUGGCGACCAUAAGAGCACCAAGACCGACAGCCGCCGCUUCAUCGCCGUCGAAGCCCUCUACCAGUGCUCGGGGCAGCUGCUGCCGCUGCCGGAGCUGGUGCGGCUGAAGGAGAAGUACAAGUUCCGCAUCAUAGUGGAGGAGAGCCUGUCCUUUGGCGUGCUGGGCGCCACGGGGCGGGGCAUCUCAGAGCACUACGGCACGCCCGUCACCAACAUCGACAUCAUCGUCGCCGCCAUGGGCACGUCUCUCGCAUCAGUCGGGGGGUUCUGCUGCGGCAGCGCCAAGGUCGUCGACCACCAGCGGCUGGGCGGCAUGGGGUACUGCUUCUCGGCGUCGCUGCCGCCGUUCCUGGCGUCAGCCGCCAUGGCAGCGCUGGACGAGAUGGAGGCGCGCCCCAACGCGCGCUCGCUGCUGCAAGCCAACGCCACGGCCUUCCGGGAAGGCAUGGCGGCGCACUGCCCUGCUCUCGAGGUGCAAGGCCACGCGGUGUCGCCCGUGCUGCUGCUGCGGGUGUCCAAGGCAGCAGGCGGCGCGGGUGGGGUGCGGGAUGGGGAGGACGAGCCAGCGCUGCUGCAGAAGAUAGUGGAUGAGAUGCGGGAGGGAGAGGAUGUGCUGGUGAGUGUGCCGCUGCGCUCGCCCCUGGACAUCUGCCCCCUGCCAGCGGGCAUUCGCGUGUGCCUGUCGGCCGGUCACUCCCAGGAUGACAUGCUCCUUGCAGCUAAGGCAUUUGGCCGGGCAACCGCUCGUGUGCUCGGCUCAGCAUCUAGCUGAUCGGUGUUGGGGGCAGGGUUCGCUUUGCUUUGCACUGCACCCCAGGGUUGGGGAGGGAAGGGAAGGGAAGGGAAGGGAAGGGAAUUGAGGAUGCUGUGAGUAGUCUUGUGCUUGUGAUUGUUGACUGAUUUUUCUGGCUCCGUGCUUGGCUGGCCGUUUUGUGCGGGUAGCUUAGAUGAGCUUUCUUUGUGAGGGUACAUGUGUUCAUAGACCAAGGAGACACUUCACAGCAAUGUUUAUGCAUAUGGUAGUUGCUUGCCUAACUAGUCACCUAGUUUGUGGCUUGUCCCCACUCUCUCCUGUAUCCUAAGUCAUGUGAUUAUCAACCGAA